AUGACUCUACUGCCCCCGACUAUCGCUCAGUCCACCUUGGGCGAGAAGUGCGCAGUCUACAUAGAUCACGUCACCGACAUUAUUCCCAUUCACCUGCACUCCCUGCGCUCCCAACUGGAUCCUAUUCUCACCUACCUGUCCACCACACCCCUCGGUCCCCUUGCGCAAAAACUGCCACUCGCUGCCGAAGACCAACUCCCUGCCCUCCUAGCAGCUAUCAUAGUCUGCUUGUUUACUGUCGCUGCGAUGAGUUGGCGCAACCCCUUUAGUAUGCUGCGUCGCUCGCCGAGCUACGCUCCCGCCACAAACCCGCAGGUUAGCGAUGAACACUUCAGCUAUAUCACCCCCGACGAUAUCGUGGACCCGCCCGUCGACGAUACCGAGCCGGAUAUAAUUGCCCUCCGCCACCGCGGCACCAUCUACCCACUUCAUUUCCGUGCCUACGCAAUUGACGACGGCGUGCUGACCAUCGGAGAUCUACGAGAAGCUGCGGCCAAGAGCACGGGCGCCGGACACCCAGACUGCGUGAGACUGCUCUACAAGGGCAAGUUGUUGAAGAACAACACACGGACAUGCAAAGCCGAAGGGAUCAAGCAGCACUCCGAGGUGUUGUGCGUGGUUUCCGAAGUAGGAGCAGGCUCUCCAAGCGAUGGCUCUGAUGACAACGGACAGAACAUCCCCGUCACCGCGUCAGCUCCAGUAGCUACACAGCCGUUCCACCCCAGUAGUGCAGAAGCAUCAUCACCUCCCACAUCGAGUGGGAAGAACAAGAGCUCGAGAAAGAAGAAGAACCGCAACGGCAAGAAGUCACCCGUUAACGCAGAGCCCCCGGCCCCCCCUCGGCCGCCUCGACCUACCUCUUCUGGCCGUUCAGGCAACCCGGCACUAGCGCCUAACCUCAAGUUGUUCCAUACCCCCUUGGACCAGGUCAAUGCUUUAGCUGGAUGGUUCAAGCAAGAGCUGGUGCCGCUUUGUGAAGAAUACGUCCUGGAUCCGCCUACCGACCCGAAGAAGCGGGAUUAUGAUUACAAGAGACUGAGCGAGACGAUUCUCGCACAGGUCAUGCUGAAGGCAGAUGGAAUUGAGCCGGACCAUGACAUGGCACGUGCUGCGCGACGAGCCCUCAUCAAAGAUGCACAGGCGAGUCUCAACAAACUGGAUUCAAUUGCAAAGCUAUAA